ACAAAAUCAAAACAUUACUCAUCAUCAAAAUUUCUCAGAGGUCUCAUGAAAAUCUGCAUUCUUCCUUCAUUUUUUUACGAAAUUUUGAAAUUAUUUUCGCAUUACUCAUCGCAUGCGUAUAAACUAGAAUGGACGAAGAUCUUCCAACCGAAUUCGAUUUGAUUGUGGUGGGGACAGGUCUGACCGAAUCGAUUGUAGCUGCGGCUGCCAGCCGCAUUGGUAAAACAGUUCUGCAUUUGGACAUCAACGAGUUCUACGGUGGCUGUUGGUCUUCUUUCAAUUUGGAAAGCUUACGAAAUUAUGCGGAGGAAUGUCGCAAGGAGGAAGGAACGGACGGAACAGUGAAUGAGGGCGCGGUACAUGAUUCGCUGGCCCUGAAGAAGGAGGGUAUGAUACAUAGAGUCAGCGAAGAGUGGUACAAUUUCGAGGAACUUGGCGAUGUGGACGAUUGGAAUAAGGAAAAAAUCAUGCAGCAGUUCCGUCGAUUCAAUGUGGACUUGACUCCGAAAUUGCUUUACUCGCGCGGAGCCAUGGUCGAGCUCUUGAUAUCGUCAAAUAUCUGCCGAUACGCGGAGUUUCGUGCAGUGGACCGAGUGGCUACAAUAUGGAAUGGACGGAUUAUGACGGUUCCUUGUUCGAGGUCGGAUGUUUUCACCAGCAGGGAUGUGAAUGUUGUGGAGAAGCGACUGCUUAUGAAGUUCCUGCAGAGUUGUGCCAGUUGGGAGACCGCAGGAGGCGAACACGAGGGUGAAGAGGUAGAAGGCAAAACCUUUCUGGAGUACUUGAAGAAUCAAAAAUUGACGCCCAAUUUGAUUCAUUAUCUGCUGUACACGAUUGCCAUGGGAAAUGAUCAGACUAGUUGCAGAGCAGGUUUGGAAGGGGUGAAGAAGUUUCUGUUGAGCCUAGGUCGAUAUGGAAACAGCCCAUUCCUGUUUCCCAUGUACGGAUGCGGUGAAAUUCCCCAGUGCUUCUGCCGGCUAUGCGCAGUCUUCGGAGGCGUUUAUUGUCUGAGUAGACCCAUAGGCGGGAUCAACUUUGCAAAGAAUGUAGAUGGCCGAUGCUUCCAGUCGUUGAAAUGCGGCAGCCAAACAAUAGAGGCAAAAUCGUUGGUAAUUGGUCAGGGGUACGUGACGAAGGAGAUUUUCCAAGAUGGGGAGCAGAUCGAGCAAAGACAGAAGCGUUGUGGACAUAUGGCCCGUGCCGUAUUCCUGAUAAAUGUCCCUCUGGGCGGUGCAUCGCAGAAUACUGGAGGUGGUGGGGUGGCGCUCAUGAAAUUACCGCCAGUGCAGGGGCAUGAGGAUGGAGCUACCAUAAUUCAGUUGGCUCAUUUUAGUGGCACCUGUCCAAAGGAAAUUUAUCUUAUUCACGUAACGGCAAAAUCUGUCAGUGGGGAUCCCAAAGUUGACUUAGAGCCUUACGUGUCGCAGAUUCUCAGCAAAAAUUACACCAAACCAGAAUCGCCUGAAGGAGAAGAGUUUCCGGAGAACACUGUAUCCACCAUUCUCUACGAAUUGUACUUCAACAUUCCAAGUUGCACCGCAUGUCAACAGUCUCUGGGGUCCCUGCCCAAGGGAGUUCAUUUGGCGUGCGGUCCUUUGUACGAGCUAGACUAUGAUGAAAGCAUAUCACGGGCGCGAACUAUAUUCAAGGACAUCUAUCCGGAAGAAGAGUUCCUCCCGAGAGCUCCCGAUCCGGAGGAAAUCAUCAUCGGUGACGAGGAGCAAACGGAUCAAGCUCAGGAGGUUGUUGCCAGUGCUGAGGAAAGCGACCAACUAGAUAGCGCUCGGGAAUGCCAGGAGAACGACUGCUCGCCGGAAACGAGUCCAGUUUCGGUCAGUACGGGGCAGGAGGCGAAAGAGGAAGCGAUCGACAAUGCCGAGGAAUGUUUGGAACAAAAAUAAACGGACUUUGGAUUUUGCUGGCUUUGCUUAAUAAUUUAUUUCAACUGUGUUGAUAUUAUUGUGUACGUGUCUAUUCGCAACGCUUUCUAAUUAAAUAUUUAGCGGCAAUAAUAAAUUAUUCUUCGGCUUAAAGUAAA